UGUGUGUGUGUGUGUGUCGACCUGAAAAGAGUGCAGGUUUCCAGCUGAGUACUCCCUGUGUGUGUGUGUGUGUGUGUGUGUGUGUGUGUGUGCUGGCGCGUGCGCGCGCGCGCUGUCAUUAUUGCUAUCCGGUCUGCUCCGCGCUCGCGAUGGCCAGAUUCAUUCGGCGUGAGGCAGGAAGGCAGCAGCGCUGUCCCGCUCCCGCUCCGGUCCCCGCUCCGGUCCCCGCUCCUGCACCCUCACACGCUCCGGUUCCGGUUCCGUGCAGCCUGCUCGCGCCUGGUCCCGCGGAAGCACCGAGCCCACAGCCGCUCCUCUUCCUCCUCCUCCUUCCCUACCAGCACCAGGUUCUUCCCGAACCCAUGAACGGCUCCGAGUCCAUCUCCAUCCACCAGGAGAGCGGCACCAUGAAAGACCAAGACGCGAUCAAGCUGUUCAUCGGGCAGAUCCCGCGGAACCUGGAGGAGAAAGACCUGAAGCCACUGUUCGAGCAGUUUGGGAAAAUCCACGAACUCACCGUGUUAAAGGACCGAUACACCGGCAUGCACAAAGGUUGCGCGUUCCUCACCUACUGCGCCCGAGAGUCAGCUAUCAAAGCCCAGAACGCCCUCCAUGAACAGAAGACUCUGCCAGGGAUGACUCGCCCCAUCCAGGUGAAGCCGGCUGACAGUGAGAGUCGUGGAGAAGACAGGAAGCUGUUUGUGGGGAUGCUUAACAAACAACAGACGGAGGAGGACGUGUAUCGCCUAUUCGAGCCCUACGGAGUCAUCGAGGAGUGCACUGUGCUAAGAGGUCCUGAUGGGAACAGUAAAGGCUGUGCCUUUGUUAAGUUCUCCACACAUGCUGAAGCUCAGUCUGCAAUCAGCGCUCUGCACGGCAGUCAGACCAUGCCGGGAGCCUCGUCCAGUCUUGUGGUCAAGUUUGCUGACACAGACAAGGAACGCACCAUCCGGCGCAUGCAACAGAUGGUGGGCCAAUUCGGCAUCUUUAACCCGGCCAUCGCGCUGCCCUUCAGCACCUACAGCAGCUAUGCACAUGCGCUGAUGCAGCAGCAGGCGGCCCUCAUGGCAGCGAGUCACGGAGGCUACCUGACACCCAGCGUGGCAUUUCCUGCCACACAGAUACACCAGAUGGGGGCGCUGAACAUCAACAGCCUCCCUCACACCCCCUUGACCCCGGUGUCGGGUGAGUUUCAUCAGCCUCUGGGUCUCAGCUCACCGCCUGCAAACAUCACGUCUCCAGCCAUGCCCAGCAUCAUCACUCCGAUCGUCAACGGCUUCACCGGCAUCCCUCACCAGCCGAACGGCCACCCCACAGUGGAAGCUGUGUAUUCCAAUGGCCUGCCCCCUUACUCCACCCAGAGCCCCACUGCCGCAGAUACGCUCCAGCAGGCCUUCACCGGGGUGCAGCAGUACACAGCGAUUUACCCGGCAACCACACUGACCCCUAUUGGCCAAAGCUUGCCACCACCACCGCAGGUCAUUCAGCAGCAGCAACAGAGGGAAGGUGAGGGCCCUGAGGGUUGCAACCUCUUCAUCUACCACCUACCACAAGAGUUUGGCGAUAAUGAACUCAUGCAGAUGUUCCUGCCCUUUGGGUCGGUCAUCUCUUCCAAGGUGUUCAUGGACCGAGCCACCAACCAGAGCAAGUGCUUCGGUUUUGUGAGCUUUGACAACCCCGCGAGUGCACAGGCCGCCAUCCAGGCCAUGAACGGCUUUCAGAUCGGAAUGAAGAGGUUGAAAGUGCAGUUAAAACGGCCGAAGGACGCCAGCCGCCCAUACUGACACAGCCCCAACACACACACAGCUCUCUGCUACAGCACAGGUUUUGAAAAGUGAGAUCUCAAAAGGAGCUUGAUUUUUUUCUUUCCAAAAAAUAAAAAAAAACAAGAUAAAAAAGAUGAUGAUGAUGAUGAAGAUGAAAGUUUUUUUUUUUUCUGAAGACAUAUCAGCAUAUCCUUACGAAGACGAGAUGUUGAUCCGAGCGGAGAGAUGCUGAAGAGGCGCUGCAGCGCUACAGACUACAAACUACGAGCGUCACGUUGCGAGUCAAAUUCGAGGCGGGAUCAUGGAGGGAAGAAUCUCUAAAGAUGAGAACUUUGAAGCUACAGAACAUCUCUCCCUAGUCGACGAACACGCAACAAACGAACACACACACACAAAUAUACACACAAAAAGAGCAGCAAGAACAACAUAGAUUUCUAUAUACAUAUUAUCUACACGUGCUAUAUUAUGGAAGAGGCGCUUCCAAGCUUUUAUCGAAACUGGACGAAUAAGGGUUAAAACUUGAAAAUCAAGGAAAAAAGACAGUGGAGGAAACGUAAAAGCCACUGGGAGACCUUCUUUCACUUUCUCUUUCUCCGUUUCCUUUUCGACUGUCUUCACAUCUCUGAGAAAGCGCAGGACCUUUGGCCUUGUGUGGUCACGGAGGUUUCCAGAGGUACAGUACGACUGAAAAAUCUUUCACUCCAAGGGACCAAAGGACCAAAAACCUUUUUAUUGUUACAGUAAUAUAUAGUAUUAUGACUAAUACUACAAAAGUAGUACUGAUGAUGUUACAUGUUCGAAGAAAAAAAAAAAGAAAAAGAGGAAAAUACUUGCUUCAGGUUGGAAGAGGAAAGAGAUUUUGAUUUCUUUUCCUUUGACAUAUAAAACUACUGGCUUUCAGAAUAUUUAAACAAAAUAGAAAAGAAGAAGGAAAAAAAAGUAUUUUAAAGCUAUACUAUUUUAGAGGAGUAGAACACGUGAAUGCGAGAUGGUACAGGGCGCGUUUGUUUCGGUUCUUUUGUUUUUUCCAUGGAUAGAGGUUGAAACUCUUUAUUUGGGACGCGUGGCACGGACCGACCCGCUGCCUUUCAGCUCCACGUCUGACCUUCAGGUUCACUCAGACAUUAAAUUGAAGCACAGAGAAAUCAAACUCACCGGACUGAAAAGCAUCAGCAACAGCAACAGGGUUUUCGCUAAAAUAAAUAAUUCAGGCAUAAACGCACACGACUUACACGAGCUCUUGUUUAGAACUCGUUUUAUUGCUGAGGUUUUGCGUCUUCAGUUUCUGGAGCGUCUGAUCCCAACAUUACACCCUGUGAUUCUUGUUGAUGGAAAAGGCCAGUUUUCAUACUAACAAUUUAGUCUAAGCACACUCGUGUUCACAGGGUUACCAGGACCGAGCAACAUUUCCAGGUACGACUGUGUUGCUGUGAUAAACAUAAGAAGACCUGAAACCUGCCCAAAAUGUUGCUGCUGUAUGGUGGAACGUAGCUGCAAAAUUGAACAAUAGUCCUUUCUUUUACUUAAUAACCUUAAAAUAUAAUCUUUGUUUUUUUUAAGACUAGUGUUAAUGUGUAGGCUGAACUACAACACCAAUCCUAAACAUACACCUUCCCUAACCCUCACCUUAAAUCUAACACUAACACUAACACUAACCCUGCUAGCUCAAUCGUUAAGACUCUGGAUUACUCAUCAGAAGGUUUGAGUCCCAGCACUCAAACUGCAUUCUGACCCCAGUUUCCAAACAAGCUGAAAAAUGCAAUGAAAUCAUUUCACUUCUGUACUGUACAUGUAAAAGCCCCUUUCUUCCUGACCCUCACUUUACUGUAUCAUAAACCUGAACCCUCACUCUAAUCCUACCCCAAACCCUAACCUAACCUAACCUCAACCUUACCUAACCUAAACCUCACCCAAACCCCAACCUAAACCUCACCCAAACCCCAACCUAACCUCAC